AUGCGUUGGUCUUCUGAGAAUGACCAGAUCUUGCUGAUCAAGAUCCUGGAAACCUCCGACAUCAACCCCAACUCUGAGGCUAUUGCCAAUACCUGGCCCGGCGACGAGGCUCCCACUGCUCGUGCUGUCAAGGAGCGUAUCUACAAAAUCCGCCAGAUGAUCGCCACCGCUCAGCCUGGUGAGGGUACCGACGACGCUGCCUCUGGGGAGGGUGCUAACAACACCCAGACCACCCCCAAGAAUCCCAAGGCUCCCAAGGCUCCCAAGACCCCCAAGACCCCCAAGACCCCGAAAACUCCCAAGUCCGCGGGUUCUGGCAACAAGAAGCGCAAGCUCACCUCUCCCGAGCCUAAGAUCGAGGAGGAGAAAGACACGCAGCUGGAGUGGGAGAAUGACCACCUGGAUGAGGAGAACAAGCGCAUCUUCAACGAGGUCCACAAGGAAUCCUUGUCCGACACUAGCUUCUGGGACGUUUCCCAGAUGGAUGAGGCCUGA